AUAAUUGAUCAGACAUUACUUUUACAAAUAUUACACUGAUGUAAUUUGUCAAAUGUAAAUAAAUGAGCAGAAGACAAUUCCAGAAUAAACGAAAAUACCCAGAAUGGGAAUCACAAAAAAUUAUUCAUAUGCAUAACGUGGUAUUACUGAGCAAUUAUUAAUCUACACUGAGUUGAUGUAAAGUGCCGAUAUUAUGCUUUAAUGAAUCAACACGAGAGUCUUACGUGGUAAUAAAACAUUUGGCAAACUUCAAUGCAAAGAUACUGUUCUUUGAUAAUUGUACACCGACAUUUAUUUAGAUUCAGACGCUUCAAUGUCGAUCACAUGCUGAAUAUCUUAAGAUCAAACUAAUCCAAAUACAGCGAGCGGCUUAAUGACGUCAUUGCGCAAGCCUGUGGUUGGACUACGUUACCCACAAUGCCAUUUCAAGAAUGCAGCAUGAAGCGAGCUUCCGGUUAAAAUUAGACAGUCCAAAGAUGGCGGACCUCUUGGGCUCGAUCUUGAGCUCAAUGGAAAAGCCUCCAACCGUUCACGAUCAAGAAAGCCGAAGGAAAGCCAGAGAACAAGCUGCCAGACUGAAGAAGAUUGAGGAGGAUGAGAAGCGAAAGAAAGCAGAGUUUAGAAAAAAGAUGGAGAAGGAAGUGUCAGAGUUCAUUCAGGACAGCACACUACAGAAGAAGAAAUAUGACCCAAUGGGCAAGAUCGAGAGAAGUAUAUUGCAUGAUGUGGCUGAGGUGGCUGGACUGACAUCGUUUUCUUUUGGUGAGGAUGAAGAGAGCAGAUAUGUCAUGCUGUUUAAAAAGGAGUUUGCACCAUCAGAUGAAGAACUGGAGGCUUAUCGGAAGGGUGAGGAGUGGGACCCGCAGAAAGCCGAGGAGAGACGUCGGCUAAAGGAACAGGCUGCACUAGAGAUGCAAGAGGCCAGUCAUACUCAGGAGAGGCCUGUGUCACCCAAUUCAAACUACAGAGACAAAUACAGCCAUCUGAUUGGAACAUCUGCUGCUAAAGAUGCCGCCCACAUGCUUCAAGCCAAUCGGGCAUAUGGCUGUGUCCCUGUGGCCAAUAAGAGAGACACUCGCUCCAUUGAAGAAGCCAUGAACGAGAUCAGAGCCAAAAAAAGACUGAAGAAAGGCCAGGUGGAGGCCACUGGCAGCGGCAGCAGUGUGUGAAAGUGGUGUGUGUAUUUGUUUAUAUAAUCCGUUAUAAUGCAGAACAGAAGAGCGAUUGAACAGUGUUUUACAAUGUUUUACAUGAAGAGCAGGGUUUGAUAAAGAUGAAUUGUCAUGCACAUAAAGACAGUUUAAAACUGCCGCAGGAUAACUGUACUGUUCAAAAAUGCUUUCACCUCUAUAUUACUGUCCCAAAUCAUGUGUUUUUAGAAAUCAUUAUUAGAAUAAACAGAAAUGUGUUGUUCAAUAUUGAAAAUUCCUUUUGUAUCUUGGCAUGGUGAUAUAAUGGCUCCUUUUUAAGUAAAGUCACAGUUGGUCUUAGAAUAGUUUUCAUUUGCAUGAAAUGCUUAAAACAGUCAUAUUUAUUGCUUUGACAUAACUGUGGUAGGUAUGUUCGACUCCAUGGCCGUUUUAAUUUUAAAUUAUUAAGCAGUAUGUCCUUAAACUAGUAGUUGUUCCUCAUUGAUGUUUAUUUGCUUUAAAUAAAUUCCUUGUGUGUUUUAUGUACAAGUGUUGUAUGCAGUUUGUAUAUCAUCUCAUCCAUAGCUAACACAUUCUCCAUCAUUCUGAGCUGUGAAUCAUUAUGUCCUUAUGUAUAUGGACUAGAUGGAUCAAACAAAUAAAAUUGUGGUGUCAUAGA